CAAUCAGAUACAAAAACAGAAAAUAUUUCGACUCUCAUAAUGUUUAUGAUAAACAUAACGCUGCUGCAAGUAAAGUCGACGUAAAUCAAAGUAAUAAAAUAAAUUCUCAACGCUCAAAUUUGGAUACAGAAGAUGCCGAAAGCAAAAAGCAAAUUGAGUAUGAUUUAGCAUAUCAGAAGCUUAAAGAAGAAACUGCUCACAAGAAGAUAUACAUAGAGAAUGAAACGAAGAGCGAUGAAUACUCUUCAGCAGAAUAUUAUAAACAUGAAAAAAUUGACCUUGAAACUCGAAGAGCGAGCGAUUUGGAACCAAAAGGCUUCUGGUCAGGGGAGAAUGAUAAGAAGAUAAAGAAAAGUAAUAAAGCACAAACGAAAACUGUUCAUGACACUAAGCAAGCGGUAUUACAAGAGAAAGAUCAUUCCAUUAUUGAUAAAUUGGACCAAAAAUAUUUUAAACAUAAAGAUAACAAUUUUAAUGACUUCCAAAUCAGAUUUACAAUAAGAGAUAACGAUUUUGUUAAAUUAAAAAAUGAAGAGUUAACACAGAGUAAGGAAGCGGAUAAAGAUAGAGAGGAAGUUACGAAAGACACUAAGAAACAGUUACGUAACCCCGAAGAAAUAGAACAUCAAACAAAACCUGAAGAUGGCAAAACCGAAGGUCGACAUCAUUAUCGCAACCAAUCUCCAAAAAAAAUAUCUAUAGAAUAUACAGAUAUAAGCCUUUAUGAUGGUCUUAGUGAAAAGAAUGACAAGUACAUACCUGAAGAAGAGAACAAAUCGAACUACAAACCAAAAUCACGAGAUGUUGACAAGGAUAAUAAAUUUAAAAACAGUCAACAAGAUGCUAAAUAUAGUAGAGAAAAUAUUCAAGACAGAUCUCAAAUUAACCAUAAAAAAGAACACUUAGGAUCCCAGAAAUACCCUGAUAUUGUAAAUCGUCGUUUGGAAAAUUCAGAUAGCCACACGCCCAAAUAUAACCGACUGCCUAGUAAAGCUAUGCCAAGACGAAUAAAAAGCUUCAGUGUGGAAAGAUUUGAUAAAGCUCAUAAACAGACUCUAGAUCAGUACGUUGAGCAGGAAAUGAAUGAUUACCACAAUCCUGAAGUUUUGCCACCUCAAGUACCUCAUAGGAAGUUGAAGCCCAUACACAAGCCUUCUAAAAUAAUUUCUCGAGCUAAUGAACGCCUAGAUCCUAUAAGAAAGCCAAGGGAAGACGGUGUUGAACUAAUAAAAGUUAAUAAACCUGGAGAAUCUGAAGAAGACGGACAAGGUUUCAAUAAACCUGUGGUUCAAAUUGAAACGACUACAUUGAAACAAAUUUAUAGAUCUGACAGCGAACACUUAGACAAACGUCCUAUUGACGAAUUCAUAAACAUUGAAAAAAAUAUCCAAAAUAAUAAAGUUGAAGAACAUGUAACUAAAUCUCGAUACGAGCAGUAUUUACAACAUUUCCAUGAUAAUAAUGAUGCUAAUAAUCAAAAUCAUUUAAAAAAUGAUAAAUAUGCAGAAAAUCCUAUGAGUAAUUUAAAUGAAAAUGGAGAAAAACCAGAAAAAUACGGUGAAAGAAGACCAACACAAGUUUAUGAAUCACGGCCACAUUCCCAAAACCAACCUGAAGACAGAUAUAACCCGUCUCUUAAACCGGUCACUCCAAAUUACCAAAAUGAAAUGGAUACAAGAGGUGUUGGAAAAGAUUAUGAUAGACAACGGGCUAUUGAUACUAAUUACGGUAACUACCCAGAAAAUUAUAAAACUCCUAGUAUUAACAAUGAAAGUCCUCAACGUUCAUUUCCGGGGUCGCCUGAAGGUGUAAAUCAAGAACCAUAUCUAGGUGCAGCUCAAAAUGACCCUAUUAAAAAAGAAAGCUUAAGAUUUGGGCCCAAAAUACGAAUUGAAGAGAAACCAGGAUAUCGCAUUGAGUACUUCGAUUUUAGGCGACGUCAUCGUAAGAAAAAUAACAUUUCUGGUGCGAAACGUAAGUUGGACUCACGAAGAAAUAUCGAAUUGAAUAUUAUGAGAAAGGAUUACUCCAAUAAUACAAAAAGUAAAAUAAGUAAAGAUCUAAUCAGACAAUGGAGAAACGAUGGCAAUGUAGAAAAUGAACAAAAACCUAGCGGGCUUAAAAGAAGGCGAAGAACUUCAAAGAAGACAGAUUUUAGUGUUAUUGGACCUCGAGAAAUAGCAUAUUUGAAAGAGAAAUAUAAUACACUUUCGCGUGCUGAACAAAGCGAUUCAAAAAUUUCUAUCAAUACGGUGGAAACUAGCGAGCAAGAUAAUCACGGUGACAAUUCUAUUCCGAAAAAAGACAAUGAUAUUGCUACUAAAAAUGAUGAAAAAAUGAUUUUAAGUAAUUUUAGACGUCGGAAAGAGAAACAUGGAACAAAAAAAUAUGAAAAGAAAAAAACUCUUGAAAAACCGGUAGUUACUGAAAAUGUUGAAAAAGAUGACGUGCUUAAUCUAACUGAUGCUUUAAUUGACAACAAAGUUAAAGAGAACAAUGAAACAACCAUGACUGAUGAUUUGGAGGAAAUGGAAGAUAUGGAGGAAAAAAAUUACAGAGAAAAUUUCAAAAGCAAUGUACCUCCAAUAGACUACCUCCGCCAAGUGACCCUAGACCUCGGUGGAGAGUGCGCCGCGUUAGGUAGCGAACGUCACAUGAUAAGACGAGCACCACCGACUCUUGCGCAGCAACACGCCGCUACUGUACGGGCGCUUAUUAAACGGUUUAAUCAG